GUGUGAAGUUCUAGAAGCCCCCUCCGCCCGCCCCCUAGAAAUGCGACUGCUCUGGUUUGGGGGCGUCUACGUCAGACGGGGGACUUUGUGUGCGAAUCUGGCAACCCGGGACGAUCCCAGCCGGCUUAGCUUGUUUUCUUCCUCACUCAUUUGAACGUCCGUAGGAGGUAGCCGGCUCCCAAGCAUCAUGUCGAAAGUCGCGGACACGAAGCUCUACGACAUCCUCGGCGUCUCACCGUCGGCCUCCGAAAAUGAACUGAAAAAGGCCUACCGCAAAUUGGCUAAAGAGUACCAUCCAGACAAGAACCCGGAUGCUGGAGACAAGUUUAAAGAAAUCAGUUUUGCAUAUGAAGUACUGACAACCCCGGAGAAGAAAGAGCUUUACGACCGCUAUGGAGAACAAGGGCUACGAGAGGGCGGAGGUGGCGGGCCUGGCAUGGACGAUAUCUUCUCUCACAUUUUCGGUGGAGGACUCUUCGGGUUCAUGGGGGGACAGGGCAGAGGACGCAAUGGAGGACGGAGGCGAGGCGAAGACAUGGUGCACCCUCUGAAAGUUUCACUUGAAGACCUCUACAAUGGUAAAACUACCAAACUCCAGCUGAGCAAGAAUGUCCUUUGUGGUACCUGCAAUGGUCAGGGGGGCAAGGCGGGCGCAGUGCAAAAGUGUGUGGCAUGCAGAGGACUAGGUAUGAGGGUGGUGAUUAGACAACUGGCCCCUGGUAUGGUCCAACAGGUGCAGUCAGUCUGUACAGACUGCAAAGGAGAGGGCGAGGUCAUCAGCGAGAAAGAUCGCUGUAAAAAGUGCGAAGGUCAUAAGGUGAGUAAGGAAACAAAGCUGCUAGAGGUGCACGUGGACAAAGGCAUGAGACAUGGACAGAAGAUCACCUUCACUGGGGAAGCUGACCAAGCGCCGGGUGUGGAACCUGGGGACAUUGUCCUGGUCCUACAGGAGAAAGAACAUGACGAAUUUCGCCGGGAAGGCAAUGACCUUCGCAUGGUGCAGCGCAUUGGCCUGGUCGAGGCUCUGUGUGGCUUUCAGAUGACUCUCUCGCAUCUGGAUGGACGGCAGCUGCUUGUCAAGUACCCACCCGGAAAGGUCAUAGAGCCAGGCUGCAUUCGUGUGGUUAAGGGAGAGGGAAUGCCACAGUACAGAAACCCCUUUGAGAAGGGAGACCUCUACAUCAAGUUUGACGUGCAGUUCCCUGAGAACAACUGGAUUAGCACCGAAAAGCUGAACGAGCUGGAGUGUCUGCUUCCGAGCCGCGCCGAGGAUCCCCUCAUUUCCGCCGACGCCGAGGAAGUGGAACUGACGGAUUUCGAUAGGAGUCAAGGGUCGGGCGGGGGUGCCAGGAGAGAAGCCUACAAUGACAGCUCCGAUGAGGAGGGCGGCCAUCACGGCCCGGGGGUGCAGUGUGCACACCAAUAGAGAAGACGUUGAUGCGUUUUUACAUGCAUCAUUCCUCCAGCUCCACUGUUACAUCAUUAUUCAAGACUUGACACACACAUGCACAUUUCUCUCCUGUCACGGAGACACACCCGACACACACACUUCGCACCCUCCUCAGUUCUAUGGUGCCCAUAAGAGAUGCUGGAGUUGGGGUAUCUUUUUGUGUUUAAUGGACAGUAGUGCUCAGCAAAGCCUCAGGCCAAAACUUGACUCAGACCUCAGUUUCGGCUGUUUACUCUGACAAACAGCGGUCAGUCUAGCGUUAAAAAUAAAAAAAUAAGUGAAUAAUGUUGACUAGUGUACAUGGUUUAGUGUAAUCUUUCUCACACACAAAGCAUGCUCCUUACUUGCUGAUGACGUACAACCUGGGUCCACACACACCGCUGACGUUAAGCCUGAAGAUUCCACACAGCCUCAGCCAUGAUUUUCCAAAAUGGUCCCCCAAGUGCUGUCACCUUGCUCGAAAAUAACAAAAGUCUUGAUUUGUAGUACCUACCUUUUUGAAGUUUUGUUUCAGUGUUUCUUGAGACCACUCAACCUAAUCUGUGAAUUGUGUGUGUGUGUGUGUAAUGCAGUGGCCCGCCAAGUCGGAGCUGCUUUGGAAUGUUCCGGCUUUCUCGGGUGAUCGCUACCGCUGCCUUGUUAAAGCUGUAUAAUGUGAACGGAUGCUGUCAAAAGUGUUGAAUGUUUGCCAAAAAAUCUCCCACACACAAGUCGACAGCUCCCGACUCAUUUCACAAGGGCAAAAGACCGUACAUAUCCGAAUUAUUUGGGAAAAAAAAAACAAAAAAACUUGCGUUA